AUGCCUGCCCAACGUCCGCAAGUACGACGUUCAGAACAAAUCAAAGCGCGCAUCAAAACUACGAAGAUGGCUACACAAAGGCCCCCGCGUGGUAGUAGGGGGGGAGGUAUAACUCGUGGUACGAGGGGACGAGGUGGUGGGGGUGCAAUAGUGUCCAACACCAUCCAGCAACUGUCCACUGCUGUCACUACUAACUAUAUGGCUACCCCUGCUGCUACUCCCACCACUGCUACUCCUGCCACUGCUACUCCUACCACCACUGCUGGCAGGGUUACUGUCAGAUGGGAGACCUGUGACUUUGAUCACACUGAUACCCUCAUACAGUUCCUUGAGACUCAUCCUGGCGCCUGCCAUGUGCUCUUCAAUGAGUCAAAAAAAUCCUGCAAUCCCACAAUAACUGAACCUGAAACUUUGGGGAGCCAGAAGAGUCAUAUCUGGGCAACAAUUGCUCAAACUAUUUUUGCAGAGGAUGAAGAGUAUGAAAAUGUAUAUGCACAAGACAAUCACAAGUUUGCACUUGCAGUGAGCAACCAUCUUAACUAUCUCAGAAACAAAUAUAAGAAACAUUGUGCUCGCUUUCUGCAGACCAGUGCUGGCAUCAACCCACUUGAUGCCACUGAACAAGUACUAGCUGACUUCCCUUGGUUCAAUGCACCCGAUGCCCUUUGGAAGGGCAAUCCAGUGUUUGUGCCAAAGACAAUUUUGUCUGCACCUGGUGUGGAUCACGCCAGUGGCAUGGCUGCCCUUACCCAAGGGAAAGGCAAGGGCAAAGAAAUAGCGCCCCCUCCCCCUGAUCCCUAUGAUACUGUUGGGGACACUGAGGGUGACCUUAUGAACAAUGUCACAGACUUGCCUCCGCUCACCCAAGGGAAGGGUAAGGAGAAAGCUCUCCCCCUUCCCUCCCCUGAUGAAUUCAUGGAUGAGACUCCCUCCCCCAACAAUAUUGACUGUUCCUCCCACAUCCCCCAAGUCAACCCUCCCCUCCCCCAUACCCUCUCCAAUGAUGCCAAUGAUGACAUGGAUGUCCAGCAAUGGGACAAUGUUGGGGAUGACAAUUUUGAGCUGGCUGAACAGGGGGACGAUCACGCCAUCCAAAUAUGUAUAUCUAACAAGCACCCUUACCCAUCCCCCUCACCGCCCCCUACAUACACUCCCUGCACCCCUAAAUUUCCCUCCUGCAGAAAAUUUCAGACACACACAGAUUGUGCUCUUAAUCGUGGUACCAUCCGCACACCCAAGCCACCAUCCUCUCUCCUGUCAUUGUCAUUGUUGGUGUCAUCGUCACACUCAUGCUCGCACACAUCAACAUCACCAUCAUCAUCUGCUCGCAGACCUGCCGCCUCCCAAAAGUCUUCCUCCCUCUUGAAGUGUGUUGAUUCCAAUAUGCAGGAUGUCCAGGGUCAGGUCCAGUCGCUCGCUGAUGGUAUGAACUACAUAUACACUGUGAAGGCGGCCGCUUCGGAGUACAAGAUUGUGAAAGCUGAGAUAGAAUGUGAUGAGGCUGCUGCCAUCCACCAGCAUUUGCAAGAGGCAAAGGCCUUGGAGCUUCAACUGCUUGAGGCCCAGGCCAAAGUUCAGAUGGAGAAACAGGCUGCCCUGCAGCUUGAGAUCAAGCUCCUCAAGUUGAAGGGGGGUGCAGCCUCAGCAUGA